GCGACGGACCGCGAUGGCGCCUCACAGAAACGUGAAUGUCAGAUUGUUUCUUAAAAGUCAUAUUUCUCUUGACGGUAAAAAUAGAUUUUGCUUCUAAUUUUCAACAAAUUGCAAAUAUGUAAAUUGACUCUACAUAACAGUGUCACAAUUUCCUCGGUGUUAUUUCGUGUAAGUUGGCGAUGUGUAGCUGUUUUUGCAUGCAUGCACGUUAUGUGUCCGCUGUCAUAGUAUAGAAUUGAGUUAGUAACUUUUUCAGAAGACAUUUGAAUGCUUUGAGCUCAGAGGCUAUGGCCCUGUCAGGGACGGUGCUGAAAACCUCCAGCAUCUUCUGGAGGCGUCUCUUUCAGCCGCCCAUCACUGGUCCUGUCUCUCUGCACGUCAGGACCGUGUAUGAGCGGGACUACCGUAGACCAGGCCAGGCUCCGGACACACGAUGGCCCUGGCAGAAGAUCCGCUUCGACUUCUCAAAAGGUGUGGACGGGGUAAAGAAGCACUUCGGGCUUCUGAAGGCCGAGUUCAUGGAGCGCUGGACGGGGCCCGAGGGCCGGCCCCUGGUAGUGCACAUGCUGGAGCAGACGCGCGUGCUGUGGGAGUUCCGUGGCCCCGAGUCGCUCAGUCAAUGGGUGGUCACCUCGGACCGGGACAUCGGUGGCCGGAGUGAGGCGUACGUGAAGCUGGGGAGGAAUAACUCUACCUGCAUGCUGUACGGCUCUCUGUGUUCAGCUCCACCCCGGGACGGAGAGACGCGCUACAGCGGAUACUGCACCAUGCGCUCCAAACAGCCUCGGGCUUCAUUCGACCGGAAGAAGCACUUCGAUUGGUCCAGCUUCAACACUCUGUAUUUGCGUAUCCGUGGAGACGGCAGGCCGUGGAUGGUGAACGUCUCAGCCGAGACCUACUUCUCUCACCAGAGAGACGACAUGUACAGCUACUUCCUGUACACUCGAGGGGGUCCGUACUGGCAGGACGUUAAGAUCCCCUUUUCUAAAUUCUUCCUCUCGAGCCGAGGGAGAGUACAAGACGACCAGCACCCCCUCUGGCUGGACAAGGUGAACACUAUCGGCUUCACGCUGGGAGAUAAAGCGGACGGACCGUUUCAGUUAGAGAUCGACUUCAUCGCUGUGUGUAACGACCGCGCUCACACCGAGGAGUUUGCGUACGAACUGUACAAGAGGAACCCGGAGGUGUAACAGACACUGCUUGACUGUGACCCUGAACUUCAUGGAAAACUGUCGGGGGUGCAAUUUCAUGAACUUUUGAUGCAACACACACACAAUCAAGGACACGGAAAUACAAAAACUUGUGUGUUUAAUAGCAAAUAAAAGCAGAGCUUAAACAUCUAUGGCAAUGUUUUCCUCCAAAAAAAAAAGUCACCGGUUGAGAGCUCACGCAAUAAAUCACAAACAUGUUAUUAACUACACGACACACAGAAAUGAACACGAAUACAUUUGAAAGCUAAAAAGGCUUUAAGGCUACUAGGAGCUGGAUAGUUCUUUCACACACACCAAACAACUUUGGAAAGUCUCCAGCAGUUUGGCCCAGCGAGAGAUAAGUACCAGUGGGACUUAUGGGAAGUAAAUAAGAUGGAUGUCUAACCGUAGCACUCUCCGACUCGUGCGGAUUUUGAAUACGCAGGGAAAUAUUUUGACUCCAAAACAAGCGAAGCGUAAUCGAGCACACACUUCAAUCUACAAUGAACCAAUGGUAAGCAAGACCGUACAUCAGCCUACCGUGCACGUCUUU